AUGAAUCCGAAAGACACAUAUCGCUCUGUGCAAGACCGCUAUGCAGGAGUUGCGAGCCAGAUCGAUGACUCUCGCGAACAAGGAGAUUAUGAACGCAAAGUCGCAAAGGCCUUUGGGUAUGAUCUGGAGGAUUUGCGUUCUAUUCCAGAGUCUGCGAACCUAGGUGUCAGCUGUGGGAACCCACUGGCAAUGGCAAGCAUAAGAGAGGUAGGGGAUGUCAAUGGUUUACUCCUUGGUGCCGAGUCUAAUAUCAAUGCGCAGGGCGAGGUUGUAAUUGAUUUAGGUAGUGGUGGAGGCAUUGACGUUUUACUAGCCGCUAAGAAGGUUGGAGCGGAAGGAAAGGCCAUAGGUGUUGACAUGACCAAGGAUAUGCUAGAAUUAGCACGUCGGAACGCAAGAAAAGCCGGCGUCUCCAACGCAUCCUUCAUCGAAGCAUUCAUUACUUCUAUACCGCUACCAGCUUCCACUGCUGAUUGCAUCAUCAGUAACUGCGUGGUGAACCUGGUGCCUGAAGUCGAAAAGAUUCUUGUCUUUCAGGAGAUGUUCCGGUUGCUGAAGCCGGGAGGUAGGGUUGCAAUCAGUGACAUACUAGCAAAACGGGAGCUUCCGAUGGAUAUCAAAAAGGACCUCUCCUUGUAUGUCGGAUGCAUCGCUGGUGCAAGCCAGAUUUGCGAUUAUGAAAGAUAUCUGAAAGAAGCAGGGUUUCGAGAUUUGUUGAUAUUGGACACCCAUGGCGAUCUCAACCUUUACAAGGAAAUAUGGAAAAGGCAAGAAGACAAUGGAUUGGCUCCUACUGGCUCCUGUUGUGAUUUGAUUGAAUCUAGCACAAGCGCCUCGCGGAUAGAAAAAUCACCUGAUGUAGAUUUUAAUUUCUGGACUGGUGAGUGGAUCGAUCUACAAAGCAACUAUCAUUGA